UCUUCACCUGAAAAAGCUCUGCAGCCACUCUUUUUUUUUUUCCCAAUUCGCGUGUGUUUGUCUCUCUCUCUCUCUCUCGCUCUCUCUCUCUCUCACUCGUCUAAAUCAAACAAACACAACGCCGGUAGUCGUCAUGGCUUCCCAGGAACUGAAACACAGAACCAGAGAAGAAGAAGAAGAGGAGAUACAGCCCCCAAAAGAUACCGGCACCACCGCGACAAGAAGACACCAGAAGAAGAGAACAGCCAUGGCCAAGCGCGGCCUUCGCUCACUGGGCCUUGCACUUGCUCUCCCACUUUCUUUAACCCUGUUGGACAUUUCUCUUUUCGGCUCUAGUCUUCAGUAUGCUACCAUGAAAAAGCCCUUCUGGUCUCCUCCUCUGUGGGCCUUGCACUCGGCUUGCCUGGCCUCUGCUUUCCUUAUGGGCCUGUCGGCAUGGCUUGUUUGGGUCGAAGGUGGCUUUCACAGGAACCCUACGGCGUUGCUGCUGUACUUGGGCCAGCUCUCCUUGAGCCUUGCUUGGGAUCCGAUCGUUUUUCAGGCUGGAGCCAGUAGGAUGGGCUUGGUGCUUUGCGUCGCUUUGUUUGGGGCUUUGGUUGGGUGCGCCAGGACCUUUCGAACCAUGAAUCCCAUCGCUGGCGAUCUAGUGAAGCCUUGCCUUUUAUGGGCUUUGAUUUUGUCACUAGCAAAUAUUGUGCUUGUAUUACCCCUCGUGUGAUAGACAACAUCUUUUCUUUUCUUUUCUUUUAUUUUCUUUUUUGGCCUCCCUUCUUAAUUUCCUUUUCGGGUGCAUACAGAUGUAACAUACUUUCUCGGAUUGAGACAGACUUCUUUUUCCUCCUCUUGUAUCUCUCACUUUUGCCCUCUGGUUGCUGCGAGAAGUUUGUGGAUUGCACGAUCUCUCAUGCCAGCACUGAUUAGUAAUAUGUUUUGCACGGACUUCAAAUUUUGUUGCGUGCUUUUA